CUUAAAACCCUAACUCUUCAAUUUAUUUAUUUAUAUAUUUUCAUUUCCCCAAAUCAAUUUCUCUCUCUCUGUUUCUCCGAUCUGCUUUGUUGCUGGGGCUGUGUUGUGCCCAACCGGUCCUGCAAUUCUCCUUUGCGAUUGGAGUGGAGGCCAUUCUCGCAACGUUUGAGUUCAGUAGAUCCAUAAUUUUUCAGGAAAGAGGUUAAGGAGAAUGAAGAAAACGGAACGAAUUGCGAAUUUGGCUUUAGCAGGUUUAACCUUAGCGCCGCUUGUUGUGAAAGUAGAUCCGAAUGUAAAUGUUAUUUUGACUGCUUCCAUCACCGUGUUUGUGGGCUGUUACCGUUCUGUCAAACCAACCCCACCAACUGAGACAAUGUCCAAUGAACAUGCCAUGCGUUUUCCCUUUGUUGGGAGUGCGAUGUUAUUGUCACUUUUCUUACUCUUCAAGUUUCUAUCCAAGGACUUGGUGAACACUGUAUUGACAGCCUACUUCUUUGUACUCGGGAUUGUUGCACUUUCGGCAACGUUAUUACCGUUUAUCAGACGUUUUCUGCCAAAGCAUUGGAAUGAGGAUGUCAUAGUCUGGCGAUUUCCAUUUUUCCGUUCUUUGGAGAUUGAGUUUACAAGGUCACAGAUCGUUGCUGGAAUCCCUGGUACUUUUUUCUGUGCCUGGUAUGCUUCGCAUAAGCAUUGGCUGGCAAAUAAUAUAUUGGGCCUUGCUUUCUGUAUUCAGGGAAUUGAAAUGCUUUCUCUUGGGUCUUUCAAGACUGGUGCUAUUCUCUUGGCAGGUCUAUUUGUAUAUGACAUUUUCUGGGUUUUCUUUACUCCAGUGAUGGUUAGCGUCGCAAAAUCAUUUGAUGCUCCAAUAAAGCUUUUGUUCCCCACAUCUGAUUCUGCAAGGCCGUUUUCAAUGCUUGGACUUGGAGAUAUUGUUAUCCCUGGUAUUUUUGUGGCAUUGGCUUUGAGGUAUGACGUGUCUAGAGGAAAACAGCCUCAGUAUUUCAAAAGUGCAUUUCUAGGAUACACAUUUGGCUUAGUCCUUACAAUUAUUGUGAUGAACUGGUUUCAGGCUGCACAGCCUGCUCUUUUGUAUAUUGUACCUUCUGUAAUUGGAUUUUUAGCUGCUCAUUGCAUAUGGAAUGGUGAUGUCAAACAGUUGUUGGAGUUUGAUGAGUCAAAGACUGCUAAUUCAUCUGAAGAGAGUGAUGCCAAAUCUAGCAAAAAGGUUGAAUAAGUUGAAGCAUGCCCAAUACCCCAAUAGUCACAGAAGACAUACUGCAAUUUUCUAAGAACACCGGUUACUUUUAAAGCUAACUUAUUCAGCAGCAACACCCCCUCUGUAACAGAUUGUGAUUAAAAAAAAUGUAUUAGUCUUACUUUUCAAGUUGGCAUUUUGCUUUUACUGCCUGACUGCCCAUUCUGGGUUUCCAUAGCAAACUUUCAAGUUAAGGGGCUGUUUGGUAUGCCUGUUUUUUGUUUUCAUUUUCACUGAAAAUGAAAAAUGGUGAUGAAAAUGUGUAUGUUUUAA